UAUAUUUUUGACUGGGGGGGCAGGCAGCGGGAGAAGAAAGGAGCGGACGUACCCGGGCUUGAAGGAUGCCCAGGAUAAUGUCACCGCCGCGUUAUUCGCUCUCUCACAUAUCCCUAUCAUGAUAAACGCUGUCGGGGCGGUCGCCCGCAGGAUGCCGUCGGCGGCCCGGCGGAGCGGAUGCUGGACAGCGUGGUGCCAGGCGGUGCUGUUCGGCGCGUCGGCGCUGGUUAUUGUGGCCGAACGGACCGCACUGUUCUACUGUGUAGGGUUUUACCUUUGGAAUGAGGAGACGCAGUGGGCGGGCCUCACUCUCGGCCUCUUUAUACCGGGGACAGCAGUUCAACUGCUGAGCAUGAAAUGGUACUGUGAUGACGGUGAUGACAGGCGAUGCUACCUGUCUGUCAUACACAUACUGCACUUGGGCAUCUUCAGAAGGUUAUGGGACUGCAUAAAGGCUGUGCUGCGUAGGCAGGACUCGGUCGCUGAGCUGGGAGCUGCUGUCAUGCAGCAGGCAGAUGUUGCUGCUCUCUGGCUGCUGGAGGCCCUCGUCCUCACACUGCCUCAGAGCCUGCUGCAGGCGUAUGUCGUGGUGUCCACUGAUGUGGGCAUCAUGUCUCCAGUGGGCUAUUGCUCUGGUUUCUGUUUGCUGUCUAUUUCCUGGGCCCUGGUAUUGUACAGCAGAGCCUGUUGUCUGAUACGACCAGGCCACCUGGCGUUGCCUCCGGCGGCCCUGCUGUGCCAGCUGGUGUGGAGGGCGGGCAUGUUGGCUGCAAGGGUGACUUGCCUCAUGGUCUUUGCCAGGGUCUUUAACUGGUGGGUCUGUGGAGUGGCAGGUUUCCACUGGCUCACGGCCUCCUUCUGGCUGGUAUCACAGCAACCAGACAUCUGCACCGGCCCCUGGUGUUGGCGUGCCUUUAACGGCAUCAUGGGGCUUGUCCACAUCUUCCUCUUCCUCAACGUCAAAGACGGACCGUCGCGCUUCCGCAUGGCCAGUUUUUAUGCAUUCAUGCUCAUAGAGAACGCCACUCUGUUGCUGGCUGCCUCCGACUUCCUUAGCGAAGCAUCAUGGGACAGUAUGACCCUUCCUGCCACUGUGCUGUGCAGCUUUCUCCUCGGUGCUACCUCUCUUGUCAUAUACUACCGAUUCCUUCAUCCCAAGUCAACAGAGAUCUCCCAGGGUCCGAACCAUAACCACGUGGGCAGCACGUGUAUAGAACGAGGCGAAUCCUCCUUCUCCUUCGGGGACAAAAGCCUGCCAGCUCCCUCCAUGCAAAACCACGGCAGCUUCUCUCUCUCAGGUGUGGCUGGUUCUCUGCUGGAGCACCCCGGGACCUGCGGCGUCCGAGCUAACAGCUCCUGCCCUUGCUACCAUCACCACUGGCUCCUAAUCCGGCUGGCUCUGAAAACAGGAGACCUGAGUAAGAUCAACAGAGCGUAUGGGGCAGGUGGAGCAGCAGCAAUACUGGACAUGGAGGAGUACAACCAAGGGUUUAAGAGCAACGAGGGUAUGACUAUCACAGCACCAGGCAGCUGCGAGGCCAUCUCCACCUCAGAGUCUCAGGGGAAAGGCCUGGCACCCCUCUCAGACUGCAAAGACGAGUUCCAAAGCGUGAGCGAGCCCACGUCAAGCGAACAGCCCGAAGAGGAGGAGGAUGACAGUCUGGAUAUGGAGAGCCCGCUGGAGACACCCACAUCAGAUUUCAAACGUAGUUCACCCGAGGGCAAAUCUGUGUUUGGAGACAGCCCGGAGCCGUAUUUCUGCCCUACAGAGUCAAGUUCAACCUUAUAUUUCAGCGCCGAUCCUCAGUCUCCCAGCAGUGCCAGUAACCCCCGUUUGGACCGGGACACUGGGGUUCGGGAACAUGGGGUGCGCCUUAGCUCAAUCCCCAGCGAUCCAGCUCUUCACAGAGAUAUACGUGGGAUCAUGGGCCGGGUUGGACCACGCUGUACCUCCACUCCUAAAUUGGACUCCGGAGUGAUGGACUCCUCUAAUAUCCCUCAUCUCACAGGUCCCAGAAGGCAGCUUAUAAUGUCCCGAAGAGACGAGGAAGAAACCUUCUAGCUUUCUCAAGACAGAAUCAGGGAAAGAGCAUCAGCAACUUAAGCUUUUUCAUCUACUCAGUGCUGUAGGAUGAGAAGGCUGGCAGAAAUUUCACCUCUAUAUGUCUAUAUACAGUAUCUAAUACACUGUGGGGCCUGGUAUAAUGCUAAGCUAAGCCCGUGCUCUUCACAAAUCAUAAGCUAUUUUCUAAAAGCGUUGCUUUGCCCAAAUGCUCGACACACAGAGGUGAAACCUUCAGCAGUGUUUUCAUCACACAUAAAGAGGCUAAUCAAGGAGCUAAUUAGCCACAAAGUUAGUGUGUGGGGUCAGACACAGAUUCUACCUGACACUUAAUUAACUAAAGCCUCAAGAAUCAUACUGUGCAACAAUAAAUAUUGAUUCUGCCAGAUUGUAAUUACAUAUUUAAAGACAUAGCCAUGAGUUAUAUCAGAACAUCAUAAGAAAUAUGCAGCUGUUUCAUUAUCUCGGGCAACUGAUGAUCUCUAUAUUAUAUACUAACACUGCUGUCGUUCACGUUAUUCAUUGCCAGCAGUGACGAGAAUAAAAGGGAGGGGGAGUGUGUGUGAAUCUUCACCCUCUCAGCGUAAGCCAGAGCUUUGUUGGCUUCUUAAAAAGCACAAAUAUCUUCUGUAACAUAUGUGUGUUGCUGUGAUUUAUUUAUUUUUUUGUUAUACCCAUAAAGAAGAAGAAAAAA